UCUGCCAGUAUAACUACAACUCCCACAAUCCCCAGUUCCUUAAGUCAGAAGCUGCGCAUGCGCUGUUGUUCCUAUUAUUUUGUUCUACCGCAAGCAAUAAAUGAAGAGCCGCCUGAACGUGAGCGGAUCAAUAUAAAGCAGUUACACUCGGAAAGCGAUUAGCUCGUACGCAGAUGCUUUCAUACAUGGAGUCACACGACACCUAACUGUGAUUCUCGCCAGGCUGCGGGGUCCGCCAUCAGGGGAUCGGAGGCCGAAAACACGGCAGACGAACAGGACAUGCAGAGGUGUUUUUGUGUGUAAAAGCUAGCUAGCUAAGCAGGGGAUCGGAGGAGGAAGAGCAGCCCGUUGAAGAGUUUUCCAGCACCCCUCCUUUGGCGGAAAGGGCUACAUCUGCUCUCAUCCACACCGAGCUGCCGUCAGGAUGGCGCACCUCCGCGACAUGCAGAACCAGAAUUCCCGGCUUGAUCCUGAGGAGUAUUUCACGAAACAGGAGCGCAUUGGGAAGGGGUCUUUUGGUGAGGUCUACAAGGGCAUCAACAAUCGCACUAAAGAGGUGGUGGCCAUCAAGAUCAUCGACCUGGAGGAGGCGGAAGAUGAGAUCGAGGACAUUCAGCAGGAGAUCACGGUGCUCAGCCAGUGUGACAGCCCCUAUGUCACCAAAUACUAUGGCUCAUACCUGAAGGGAACGAAGCUGUGGAUCAUCAUGGAGUAUUUAGGAGGCGGCUCUGCUUUAGAUCUUCUGAAACCAGGACCACUAGAGGAAACGUACAUUGCCACUAUACUGAGGGAGAUUCUGAAGGGACUGGAAUACUUGCAUUCGGAGAGGAAGAUUCACCGUGAUAUCAAAGCUGCCAACGUGCUGCUGUCUGAGCAGGGAGACGUGAAGCUGGCAGACUUCGGGGUGGCGGGACAGCUCACAGACACCCAGAUCAAGAGAAACACUUUUGUGGGAACUCCUUUCUGGAUGGCUCCAGAGGUCAUCAAACAGUCGGCGUAUGAUUUUAAGGCAGACAUUUGGUCCUUGGGAAUAACAGCUAUAGAACUGGCGAAGGGGGAACCCCCGAACUCUGAACUGCAUCCGAUGCGAGUGCUGUUUCUCAUUCCCAAGAACACUCCCCCGACGCUGGAGGGCUCCUACAGCAAACCCUUCAAAGAGUUUGUGGAGGCAUGCCUCAAUAAAGACCCUCGCUUUCGGCCCACCGCCAAGGAGUUACUGAAGCACAAAUUCAUCAUGCGCUACACCAAGAAAACGUCCUAUCUAACGGAGCUGAUUGACCGAUACGGCCGCUGGAAGUCUGAAGGCCACGGAGACGAGUCUAGCUCUGAUGAUUCUGAUAUGGAUGGAGAUGGUGAUGACAGAGACCAGUGUCCCAUGUGGACGUUCCCCACAGUCCGGCCCAGCUCUAUGAACAAGCUCCAGAAGGGCUACACAAACACAGACUCAGAGGCAGCUGAGACGGUAAAGAGGCAGCCCAAGUCACAAUGUCUGUCAGCGCUGGUCUCUCCCAUCUUCAGAGAGCUGAAGGAGAAGAGGAGGGCAUGUGGAGGGGGAAUGGGUGCCAUAGAGGAGCUGGAGAAUGCCUUCAACCUGGCGGAAGAGUCCUGUCCUGGCAUCUCUGACCUGCUGGUCACACACAUGAUGGAGAGAGUGUGCAGGUUUGCUCUGAAUGGCAAUACCAUGCCAUCAUCACGGUGAAGACACGCCUCUGCUGCUGCUGCUCCUCCUGCACUAAACCAUCAUCAUCAUCAUCAUCGCCCCAUCAGGCUCAUCGCUCAUCCUCUCUUACGCCCGGAGAUCUUUUAAUUAGUUCUGCUUAAAUAUUUUUACAGUUUUCUUUAUAGAAUGGACAGUAUUUAAGAGAAAAAGCCAUGUCAGUGAGCGAACUGUGUUUACCUGUUAGAUCAAAAUCAUAUUAUAAAGUGUUUAUGGAAA